AUGCUUGCGGCGCUGAGCCGUGGGCGGCGAUUUCGUUAUGCCUUUCGAAUUCUACUUGUUAUCGUUGUCAUAUACAUACUGCUCCCUAGCCCCAAGGCACCCCAUUACUCCGCGCACGACCCUCACUCCCUCCUGUCGACCCGCGCCCCACAGAUCCAGUAUGCCUUUGACGCAUCAGCUGGCGGCGACCUAUAUCGCCUGCAAGAGGUCAAGAAAGAGUUCUUGCAUGCCUACAAUGGCUAUCGAACACACGCAUGGCUUCAUGAUGAGGUAAAGCCUGUAUCUGGGGGCAGCCACAAGCAAUAUUGCGGUUGGGCGGCAACGUUGAUCGACACACUAGACACAUUGUAUAUCAUGGGCUUAUACGAUGAGUUUGACGAAGCUGUGCAUGCUGUGUCGCGCUUGAGUUUCGCUUAUGCGCCGUCGGGGUUUUGCGGCGUGAAUCCUUUCGAGACGACCAUCAGGCAUUUAGGUGGCCUACUCUCAGCCUACGACAUCUCCGGCUCUAGAGAUGAAAGACUGAAACGCAAGGCAGUAGAAAUGGGGAACUUGCUCUUCCAUGCAUUUGCGCCGAAUGGAGUGCAAUGUCGUUCAAUCAUCUGGCCGAGAUUUCCUGGCUGGUCAUGCGAACCCAACGCUAUGUUAUCUCUCGCUCGCUUAGGUAGCCAGAGUCUCGAGUUCCUACGCUUGUCGAUGGUCUCGGGCGAUCAAAAAUGGGCGUCGAAGAUCGAGUUUCUUUCCAAGGCAAUGGAACGGCUGCAGGAUUCUUCCCACAUCCCAGGUAUGUGGCCUAAGUUCUUUGACGGAACCUGUUCGGAGGGCGUAUGCGAUCUCGACCCACAAAACUGGCAAUGGUUCACAAUGGGGUCUGGCACAGAUUCGGCUUACGAGUACAUCGUCAAAUCCCAUCUGCUAUAUGGGGCGAAGGAUGACAUCUAUAUCAAGAUGUGGCAGAAAGCCUCACCACAGAUCAAGAACAAGUUGUUGUUCCAGCCCAUGAACCCCCAGAACAACGGCAUGCUUUUCCCAGGAGUCAUCGCAAGUCGUGGAGGUGGCUCGGCUGCUUUUCACCCCGAGAUGGAACACCUAUCAUGCUUCCUCGGUGGUGUCUUCGCCAUUUCUUCUCGACUACUUCCCAACGACUCGUCCGAUGAGGACCUUGCAGUCGCCACAAACUUGACCCACGGUUGCGUCUGGGGCUACGCCUCUACUCCUUCUGGGAUCAUGCCGGAUACUUUUCGCAGUCUUCCGUGCCUCAAUUCUCUCCGCAACUGCUCCUGGGACGAAGCCGCCUACAACAAAGCAGGAGGUCAUCACUACGACCUCAUUACUCCUCUUCCGGUCGGCAUGACCGAAAUCAAGCGCCCGGAAUACAUGCUCCGGCCUGAGGCCAUUGAAUCUGUCUUCAUCAUGUACCGUGUCACUGGAGAUCCAGUGUGGCGCGAGAUGGGGUGGGACAUGUUCCUCGCCAUUCGCAACGCUACCAGAACGAAGUACGGGCAUUCAAGCGUGGCCGACGUGAUGCGCAAGGGCGAAGAAACUGAGUUGACGGAUAAGAUGGAGAGCUUCUGGCUGAGCGAGACGCUCAAGUACUUCUAUCUACUGUUUGCAGAUCCGCGCUUGGUGAGGUUGGACGACUGGGUCUUUACUACGGAAGCACAUCCGUUAAGGUUGACCGAUGAAACUAGAGGCGGUGGUUAA